AUGGCCAGACUCACGCUCGUCGUCGCUGCGACUCUCACAAACGGCAUCGGCCACAACGCCCGCCUGCCCUGGCGGCUCUCAAGCGAACUCAAGUACUUUGCCCAGGUCACCUCCGCCGCGCCAGCGGGGCACGCAAACGCGGUGCUCAUGGGCCGCAACACCUGGGAGAGCAUUCCCCUGCGCUUCAGACCCCUCCCGCGCCGCAUAAACGUCGUCGUCAGCACAGACAGGCACUACCAACUCAUGCCGCCCGACGCCCCCGCCCCCGCCGCCCCGGUGUAUUUGCACUCGAGCCUAGAGACGGCGCUGGAGCGGCUGACGCACGCAGAGUGGCUGGAGAGCCCUGUGCACCGCGCGUUCGUCGUCGGGGGCGCGGCGCUGUACCGCGACACGCUGGCGCUCCCGCCGGGCCCGGGCGCGUUUGUGGACCGCAUCCUGCUCACGCGCAUCAUCGCGCCGGAAUUCGCACAGUGCGACGUGUUCGUACCGGAGCUGGCGCAGCUGGGGACGCCCGCGUGGCGGCGUGCGGCGCAUGCGGAGCUGCAGGAGUGGGUCGGAUUCGAGGUGCCAGAGGGCAUACAGGAAGAGCACGGUGUACAGUAUGAAUUCCAGAUGUGGAUCCGCUAG